CCCCGCUUCGGGUGGCCGGCCGUGCGCUCGCCUCUUCCCAUCACCUUCGGGUAGAGCCGCCCCCGGAGCCCAGCGCCGUUGGAGGGACCCGGUGAGCCGGAGGGAAGGCGGAGAGCAGCCGCGGGGCUGGGCGGAGGUGGCUCUGCAUCCCCGGCAGUCCAAGUGACCGAGCAGCGAGGGGGCGCGAGCCGGGGGCUCCCGCUUCCUGACCCCGUGUGGGCCGGGCCGGGCCGGGCCCUGGAGCCGGCGCCACCCCCGGGUCCACGGAGGACUCAGGGCGACGGGUUCGAGCAAGUAGACAUGGCCACCCCGUGCCUCCCCGCGGGGGCCACCACGGGCGACAGCGGUGGAGAACUGAGCUCGGGGGAAGACUCCGGGGACAUGGAAUUCCCCCAGAGCCCCGACGCCCAGGCGUCCCGCAGCCUGGGCGAGCUGUUUGAGAAGGCUGCCGAGCACCUCCAAGGCCUGGUUCACGUGGCCAGCCGGGAGCAGCUCCUGUACCUGUACGCCAGGUACAAGCAGGUCAAAAUUGGCAAAUGCAAUACUCCUAAACCAGGCUUCUUUGAUUUUGAAGGAAAGCAAAAAUGGGAAGCAUGGAAAGCCCUUGGCGACUCAAGCCCCCAGCAAGCAAUGCAGGAAUAUAUCGCAACAGUUAAAAAAUUAGAUCCAGCUUGGAAUCCUCAGACACCAGAGAAGAAAGGAAAAGAAACAAAUAGUGGUCUUGGUGGGCCAGUUGUUAGCUCUUUAUAUCAUGAAGAAACGAUCAGGGAAGAAGACAAAAACAUAUUUGAUUACUGCAGGGAAAACAACAUUGACCAUAUAACCAAAGCCAUCAAAUCACAAAAUGUGGAAGUGAAUAUAAAAGAUGAAGAGGGCAGGGCUCUACUCCACUGGGCAUGUGACCGAGGACAUAAGGAACUAGUCACAGUCUUGCUACAGUAUAAAGCUGACAUUAACUGUCAGGACAAUGAAGGUCAGACGGCUCUUCAUUAUGCUGCUGCCUGCGAGUUCUUGGAUAUCGUGGAGCUGCUGCUGCAGUCUGGCGCUGACCCCACUCUCCGAGACCAAGACGGCUGUAUGCCGGAAGAGGCGACGGGCUGCAAAGCCGUGUCUUCCAUGCUGCAGCGGCACAGAGCCAGCAAGCUUGUUAGUUAGGCGGUCUGAAACCAGGGCUUCAGGGAUGAGAGAAACAGCAAAAAUAAUACUUCUUUCACCACAUCUUUGGUGUGCAUUGGCUAAUAAAAUCAGUUCUGAGGAACUGGAAUUUUGACAUCUCA